GACACUAAUGACAACCAAAACAUUGUACAGCUGUGCGCAUACGUGUUUAUUUUGAAAAGUAAUUCAAUUAGUUUUUCUUUAUUUAACCCAUCUAUAUAGUUAUUGACCUAUCCACAUCAUUAGGGCAUAAAUGAUUUAACAUAUUUUACUUCUUCACAACACGUAGCACUCAGAUUAUCUGGAAAAACAGUGAUCGUAAACUCAGUUUUUCAACUACGGUAAAAAUCAAGUGUUAUCAUAGCUGAUUUGAUUUGCGGAUGGAGGCUAAACUAAGAGAAUACCGGGCACUUCGACGCCGCAAGGAACUUAUCGACAACGCUAAGGAAAAGUUUGAGAAGUCCAAAGAGAAGCUCGUUAACUUUUUAAUUCCAAAAGUGAUACAGGACAUGGGCAGAGAACGUGAUGAGGAAGCUUUGCUGAUUGAAAAUGAAGAACCACCACCAACUGAUGCUGUACCAGUUGAAGAAAUCACAGAUAUAGUCUCAGAAACAAGCGAAGUAGAAUCUUUUGAGGAAGAGGAAGAAUCUUGGAGAAACUGCCUAAUCCGAUGGUCUGUAUAUGGAAUAAUAUGGCUUGUGUUCUGGGCCAUAUUCAUCAAACUACAAUUUGGUGCUGUGUACUUUGUUAUAUCAAUUUUAAUAGGUAUUUGUUUGAACACUCGCACAAGACCUAGGAAGAAGGGUGAAGUUUCAGCUUAUAGUGUAUUUAAUCAAAAUUGUGUAAGCAUUGAUGGGACUUUGAAACCGGAACAAUUUGAAAGAGAAAUAAGGUAUGGUGCAGGCACUGUAAGAAGUUUUUAGUAAACGUUAAUUCUAUAUUUUAUAGUUACUUAAUAUGACUUUGCCAAUCAUUUUAUUGGAUCUCGAAAUUAUGUGUUGAAGUCAUUCAAUAUGUUGACAACAGCACUUAAAAAGCGUGGUUCCUUAGGAUAUCUUAUAUUUUUUGAUCCUCCCAUCCUGCAUGAUAUAUCACUCUAACUUUUUUUAAAUGAACUGUAUCUGAGAAGCUAUGGAAAAAGAACCAUUUUCUGCCUAUUUAAUACUGUGCCUCACCUGUGAUUGUGUGUAUUUAGUGAAAUAUAUUUAUUACUUAAAUGAUUAUUGUUAAGUGCUUGUGUAUGAAGAAAAUAUUUCAAUACAAUUGUUUUAAUAAAGCAAGAUGUAUUUUA